AUGUCACCCUCUGCAAUCACAGAAUCCCCAAGAAACUCGGUCGUAGACCAUACGUCCGGGCUGCAGGUUGAAAACCUCGCAGUCCAGGACCCGUUUCCUAGCUUCCAUGGCUACGACCAUGUAACUUGGUGGGUUGGAAAUGCGAAGCAGGCGGCUUCGUAUUACAACACCCUCUUUGGCAUGAAGAUUAUCGCAUACCGGGGCCUUGAGACAGGCUCCCGCUACUUCGCCUCUUACCUGGUGGGCAAAGAAGACGUCCGCUUCGUCUUCACGUCGCCCAUUAGGUCACAUGUUCACCUCCCAGAGGACGAGCCUAUUUCGGACGAGGACCGGGAACUCCUCAAGGAGAUGCAUGCUCACCUCGAGAAGCACGGCGAUGCCGUCAAGGACGUCUGCUUCGAAGUGGACAACGUCCAGGGUGUGUACGAACGUGCCGUGCAGCAGGGCGCCGUGUCCAUCGCGCCGCCCAAGACCUUAUCGGACAAGGAGAACGGCUCGGUAACUAUGGCGGUUAUCCAGACUUAUGGUGACACCACACAUACUCUGCUCUCUCGCGACAACUUUCGCGGCACCUUCCUGCCCGGCUUCCGCGACGUGGACCGCCAGCCAGCCGCCUACUCGGCCCUUGUGCCUGUACCCCUGCAGCGCAUCGACCACUGCGUAGGCAACCAGGACUGGGACGACAUGCGGGCGGCGUGUGACUUUUAUGAGCGCUGUCUCUCGUUCCACCGCUUCUGGUCUGUAGACGACAACCAAAUCUCGACCGAAUUCAGCGCACUCAGCAGCAUAGUCAUGGCCAGCCCCAACAAUGUCGUCAAGAUGCCCAUCAAUGAGCCGGCCAAGGGUAAGAAGCGAUCACAGAUCGAGGAGUACGUCACGUUCAACUCGGGAGCCGGCGUCCAGCACAUCGCCCUGCUCACCUCGGACAUCAUCACCACCGUCGAGGCCAUGCGCAGCCGUGGCGUCGAGUUCAUCGAGGUGCCCCACACUUACUAUGACACCAUGCGCCGCCGCCUCAAGACAGAGAAGCGCGACUGGGAGCUGCAGGAGGACUUUGAUCGCCUGGUCCGCAACAACAUUCUCAUCGACUACGACGAGGGUGGCUACCUGCUCCAGCUGUUCACGCGCCCGCUCAUGGACCGCCCCACGGUCUUUAUCGAGAUCAUCCAGCGCAACGACUUUGAUGGCUUUGGCGCCGGCAACUUCAAGAGCCUCUUCGAGGCCAUCGAGAGGGAGCAGGCUGAACGUGGAAACUUGUGA